AUGGCGGCGACCGGCGGCGUUUCAGCUGACGAUGUCCCGAUCCUGCAGGCAGAGAACCUCACCAGCAACGUCAAGUCCAUCUACUACAGUCGAACAUUCUUGUCGAUCAUUGGUGGAGUUGUUGCUGGAAUCUGGGGAUUCACAGGCUUGACGGGAUUUGUCUUCUACUUUCUGAUAAUGAUGGUUGCAUCUAUUGGGCUCUUAGCGAAGUCAAAGUUUUCAGUCCAGACAUACUUCGAUAGUUGGACUAGGAUUUCAAUUGAAGGAGUUUUUGGUGGUCUUAUGAUUUUGCUGGCACAAUCAUGUGAAAUGAAUUCAUCUCCUGUUUUAUUGGCGCAUUGUCCUCAGCGUAGCUCAGUCCUGCCCAAUCUAACAGAACCCAUCUCAUCUGAGAGGGUUAUCGGGCCGAAAUGUUUAAAUGGGCCUAAGCCCAGAGCCAAGCUUCCAAACGCGUCUUCCUCUCCCCAUGCCGCAUCCCGCAGCCAGAACCCUAGCCUCGUCGCCAUGGCCGCCUCCUUGCUCCGCUCCGGCCACCGCCUCUUCCUCUGCCGCCAUCGCCUUUCCGCGGCAUUCUCCACCGCUGCGGCCGAGGAGCUCAUCGACGUCCGCAAGCUUCCCACUGACUACGACCCCUCCACCUUCGACCCGUCCUCCCCCUCCCGCCCGCCGCCGUCCGACCGCGUGUGGCGUCUCGUCGAGGAGGUCUCCUCCCUGACCCUCGCGGAGACCGCCGCUCUCUCCUCUCUCCUCCUCCGCCGCCUCGACAUCCCCUCCGCACCACCCAUCGCCAUCCUCAACUCCGCCGCGGGGCUGGGCGGCGGCGGCGGCGCCACGGCCGGCGCGGCGGGGGAGAAGGCGGCGGCGGCAGCCGAGAAGACGGUCUUCGAGCUGCGGCUGGAGGCGUUCGACGCGGCGAGCAAGAUCAAGGUGAUCAAGGAGAUCCGGUCGUUCACUGACCUGGGGCUGAAGGAGGCCAAGGAGCUGGUGGAGAAGGCGCCUGCGGUGAUCAAGGGCGGCGUAUCCAAGGAGGAGGCUGAGGCGAUUGUUGAGAAGAUGAAGGCAGUUGGCGCCAAGGUGCUGUUGACAGUCUUAGUUUGUAUCCUUUUCAUGUCCGCCAGCUCCAUGCGCUUCUCUAUUCUCAGGGUUGAUGCUGCAUGCUGCUUGGUUCGGCACUGUUACUGA